AUGCGGCUCAUCAAUGUCCAUUCACUGGAUACCAAAGACUUUUCUGCGUCUUGGCCAGAGUACGCCAUUCUCUCGCACCGUUGGGAGGACGACGAGAUAUCUUACCAAGAUUACCAGGAUCCCUCGAAAAGAACUGGCGCUGGAUACCGCAAGAUCAAGGACUUCUGUCUAUUAGUCCAGCAAGCUGACUGGGCGAAAGGCCAAGCAAUGCGUCGAAGGAUCGAGUGGGCGUGGGUGGACACGUGCUGUAUCGACAAGACCUCAAGUGCAGAAUUGUCUGAAGCUAUUAACUCGAUGUGGACGUGGUACCAAGAAGCUGCUGUUUGUGUCGCUUACAUCUCUGACUACCACCCUCGGACCUUACGGCAUUGUCAGUGGUUCAGCCGUGGCUGGACCUUACAAGAGCUUCUUGCACCAAUGCAUGUACUGUUCUACUCGCAGUUCUGGCGUCUCGUUGGAUCGAGAGACGAGUUGGCCACCAAGGAUAGCUGGCUCGUGGAAGCCACUGGUAUCGAAGCAGUAUUUCUGGAAAAAUACACCAACGUUCGUUCAGCUUCCGUAGCGCAGCGUAUGGGCUGGGCAGCACGACGACGCACUACUCGGCAAGAAGACAUGGCAUACUGCCUAAUGGGCUUGUUUGAUGUGAAUAUGCCCCUGCUUUACGGAGAGGGGUGGUCGAAGGCAUUCCUGCGCCUGCAAAGCGAGAUCAUUCGGCAAAGCGACGACGAGUCCAUAUUUGUCUUCUACAAGCAGCCCAACGUAGCACAUUCGGGUGUUUUAGCGAAGCAUCCAGCCGCAUUCAAGCACAGCACUCUUGUCCGGACGCAAUCCAGGGUCGAACGUUCCCCCUUCAUGGUCACGCACAAGGGACUUCAAAUCGACGGACCAGCACUUGGGAUCAAGACAACAAAUACAUACCCAGACCAGUCACAUCUAUGUGCGGAAGCCACAGCUCGAAGAGGAAGUCCUUCAUAUGACUUCAGGGCAAGUAUUGGAGCGCAUCGAGAGUCAUGA